AUGACCAAGCCCAUUACUGUCUGGUUGACUCCCUCCGGUCCAAACCCAUGGAAGGUGAUUGUGGUGCUCCAUGAGCUGGCCGUGCCGUAUGAGAUCAGGUCGUUUAAAUUUGAGGAUGUUAAGAAGCCACCCUUUAUUAAUAUUAAUCCCAAUGGACGAGUUCCGGCUAUUGAGGACCCUAAUACUAAUGUAACUCUUUGGGAGUCCGGUGCCAUUCUUCAGUACCUGGAAGAAGUCUACGACACCGAGAAAAAGCUCACGUACCACACUCUACAUGAGAGGCAUUUACUUAACCAGUGGCUCCAUUUCCAAAUGAGUGGCCAAGGUCCGUACUAUGGGCAAUGUGGAUGGUUCUCGGUCCUCCACCAUGAGAAACUCCCUUCCGCGAUCGAGCGCUAUAAGAAUGAAGUCCACCGUAUCCUGGGGGUCCUUAACACCGCCUUGGAAAGCAAGGAGUGGCUUGUUGGGGAUAAAUGUACCUUUGUGGACCUGGCAUUCCUACCGUGGAACACACAACUUCAUAUGGUACUUAUGACUGCUCCGGGCGAGGACCCGCUGGCAGCCUAUCCGAAUGUGAAGGCAUGGCAUUCGCGCAUUGAGGGCCGAGAGUCAUGGAAGAAGGCUGCGGAGAUCCGGAAGAAGCUAAUGGAUGAGCAGCAAAUCAUGGCAAACGGGAUGCCUAAGGGAGUGAAGAAUGUGAAAGAGUACGAGGAGCUUAUAGCCAAGACUGCGGCAGAGGGGAAGAAUAAUUAG